CUCUCCUCUCGGGAUUCUGAGUGCCCGUGCACACACGCCCAGCGUACUUUUCAGAAUGCCAGUCUGGGACGUAAACUGCACAGUGGGCCGGGUGGGACCCAGCCGCUUUUAACCUCCAGGCCACCUGCUGACCUGGUCUCCUUGAAAAACAUUAACCUUGAGCCCCUAGGAGCGAUGCCACUGCUGUCAAGGUGUGCCCCGUGAGACGUGAAUCCUACCUGCCUGUAUCCUCUCCAGACAUGCUCAGUCAGCCAGGACAGGGCCACGUCAGGCAGAAAGACUCCAUCGUGGUGGACCUUCUAAGGAACAGCGACCAUCCACAGCCCCUCCCUGCUCUCCCAGGAGGCCCAGGUCCUCAGUGGAAGGAGCUGGCGUCAACAGCUGGUUCUGCCACAGACUGGCAGGUUCUGCUUCCAGGAUUGAGGCUCACUUGUAAGACUCCAGAGGCCUCUUGGCUGAUAUACACCUCCUGCCAAGUCCACAUCCAUGUCCACAUCGACUCAGCUGAGACGCAGCGAUCAGCGAUGGGCAACAUGGCAACGUUGGGUAAGCCCACUGGAGCGAGGCCUCCUGUUCAUCUGGACCGGCUAUUCAAAGUCGCAGAAUCACCAGGUGUCAGAUGGGACCUUAGAGAUGAGCUGGCCCAACUCCUUCUGGUGCAGCUGAGCCAUUUGUCCAAAAACACCACUGGGCUGGGACCCCUUGCUUGGACCAGAGCUCCCUCCAUAGGCCCAGGCUUUCCAUUAAGGGCACUUCAUCUGUUUUCUAGAACUAACUGGACCACUUUAAGUUUUCAUGACCCCUUUCCCACUAUAUCUUCUUGGAAAAUAAAUGUUCUCCUUGUGGCUGAACAGAAUCAUCACAUUGAGCUAUUGUUGACUUCAUUCCAAGUUUAGCCUCAGACCAUCACAGGCCAGAGUGAGGGACUUGAAUUUUAUCAUCUGUAGUAUGCCCUUGGGAGCCUCAAGACUUUAAAGGCUUUCAAUCCUUCCAUCCUGGGUCUGGUACCAGCACCAGCUCCAGCUCAGACUUAUUCUCGUCCCAAUAAGACACCCAGAGGCCACAGCAAUCUCUGCUGCCGCGGAGAGUAUCUUGGAGAAAGCCCUAGUAUCCCAGGCCCUGGCCUCACACUUAGCGAUGUGACGGUCACUUUCUACCAUAGAACCAGAGAUUGGAGACUGUGAGAACACAUCAGAGUCUAGUCUACUGUGACAAGGUGGGACUGAUUUUCAAUUGUUUUCCCCGGCAGGAGAUCAUAUAGCUCUGACUUUGGAAUGUGUGAUGCUUCUAUUUCAGUAUGGGUCUGUCUGAUGGCCACGAGUUCCUUUCAUAUCAAACACUGGUGACUCCCCAACUCAAGGGAUGCCAUAGCCUGACCACUCCACCCCCACUCUGAUUGCCUGUGGUCCCACAACCCACACGCUCCGCAAGUCCACAGCAGGCUGGAGCUGACCAAAGGGCUGGAGAAUGCACUCAUCUAAGUCUCAAGGGGGAAGGGGAGGAACGGAAACAUUGGGCCACAAAAGGCAAGGCUUCAGGCAGGUAUGUGCUAAACACACAAAGCCCGAUGCCGGUUGAAUGGUGGUUAGGUGGAAUGGGAGAGCCAUGUUCCUACACAAGACCGUCUAAAUAAGUAAGUUUCCCAAGGCACAGUCUGCUAGGGGCAAUGGCUCGUGCUGAGCCUGCUAGUAAACUGCCUUCCUGAGGACCUGCGACACACACACACACACACACACACACACCCUUCCUGAG